AUGAGACAGCAUCCCUCUCUCGACGUGCUUGCCGCCCAGCGGGCUGCCCGCCGGUCCCCGCCCGACACCAUGACCGCUCCCGCCGGUGAUGCCGGUGAUGCCAACACGAGCGCCCAGGAGGACUCGCGAUCCUCGUCAUCUGCGAGCUCGCCCGUCCCUGCGGACAACGAGGAGUCCGACUUCUUCCUCGGCGCCAAUGACUCCCAGUCUUCCCUCGGCGUCCCCAACCUUCAAGAUAUGCAAGUCUCGGACGACGAGUGCCUCCCACCCAUCAACCGGCUUCCCAACGAGAUCCUGAUCAGUAUAUUCUCGAAACUGAACCAGUCGUCGGACAUCCUUCAUGCCAUGCUGACCUGCAAGCGCUGGGCCCGUAACUCGGUCGACAUCCUCUGGCAUCGCCCUGCCUGCACCAACUGGCAGAAGCACUCGUCCAUCUGCCAGACGCUCGGCUUGGAGGAUCCAUACUUUGCCUAUCGACACUUCAUCCGGCGCCUUAACCUGGCCGCUCUCGCCGACAGGGUUAACGAUGGCAGCGUCAUGCCCUUGGCCGCCUGCACGCGUGUCGAGCGGUUGACUCUGACAAACUGCAAGGGCCUCACAGACUCGGGCCUCAUUGCCUUGGUGAAGAACAGCGGCCACCUGCUCGCCCUGGACAUCUCGAAUGACGACCAGAUCACCGAGGCCUCCAUACUUGCCAUCGCUGAGCACUGCAGGAGACUGCAAGGGCUCAACAUUUCCAACUGCACCAAAAUCUCCAACGAGAGCAUGAUCAAGCUUGCCGAGAGCUGUAGGUUCAUAAAGAGGCUCAAACUGAACGAGUGCCGGCAGCUGACGGACGAGGCGGUCCGCGCCUUCGCUGAACAUUGCCCCAACAUCCUCGAGAUUGACCUCCAUCAGUGUCGCCUUGUUGGAAACGACCCUGUCACGAGCCUGCUUGCCAAGGGGAGGUCGCUCCGCGAAUUACGCCUUGCAAACUGCGAGCUUGUCGACGACGGCGCGUUCCUCUCACUACCUCCCAACAAGACAUACGAGCACCUCCGAAUCCUCGACCUCACCUCGUGCGCCCGAUUGACCGACCGCGCCGUCGAGAAGAUCGUUGAUGUCGCCCCACGUCUGCGCAACAUUGUCCUCGCAAAGUGCCGAAACAUAACCGAUGCAUCCGUCUUCGCCAUCUCCCGGCUGGGCAAGAACCUGCACUAUAUCCAUCUCGGCCACUGCGGGCAUAUCACAGAUGACGCCGUAAAGCGCCUCGUCCAGUGCUGCAACAGGAUCCGUUACAUUGACCUCGGCUGCUGCGUGCACUUGACUGACGACUCGGUCACCCGGCUGGCGGCCCUUCCCAAACUGAAGCGGAUCGGACUAGUCAAGUGUGCCAACAUCACCGACGAAAGCGUCUAUGCACUGGCAAGGGCAAAUCAGCGGCUGCGGUCGCGCAGAGAUGCGGAUGGCAAUGUCAUCCUCGGCGAGCACUACCCCUCCAGCCACAGCAGCUUGGAGAGAGUCCAUCUGAGCUACUGCACCAAUCUCACGUUGAAGAGCAUCAUCAGACUCCUGAACUCGUGUCCUCGCCUGACCCACCUCAGCCUUACCGGCGUGCAGGCCUUCCUAAGAGAGGAUCUUGAGGCAUUCUGCAGGGAUGCCCCGCCAGAAUUUACCGAGCAUCAACGCCAAGUAUUCUGUGUCUUCUCUGGGCAGGGCGUCCUCGGCUUGCGACGCUAUCUCAACAACGAGCGUGACUUCGCCCAUCUACAUGAUCCGCUCCCGGGAGAACUGCGUCACCGGGGAGCCCAUGCGGCGCUUCCCGGCCCAGCCAAUGGAGCCUCUGUUACCGUCCAUGUUCCCGUUCUGACUAACGACGGCGGAGCUCUGGACGAUGGUGAGCCCGACGUUGUCGAUGACGACGACGGACUCGAAGACGGGAGUGAGAUGGCGAUCGAUACCCAGCCACUUCUUGGCAAUAAUCCUGUUGCUAGUUUGGGGGUCGGCGGCCCAGCGUCGAAUACCAUUCCCGCCCCUCCUCCAGCUCCGGCGAACCCGUUCUCCAACACUCCUGCUCCUCCCCAUGCUCCUGUUGUUCCGCAACAAGCACAGUUUCACGAGGACCCGAUGGCAUUUUCGCAGGCACUGCCAUCACCGCUGGGGGUGUCUCACCAAGGAGCCGAUGCCAUGGAUAUGAGCCCAGCUGGACCGUCGAGCGGCGUUGCGAGCACAGCUGUGGGUGGGAAUCACUCACACCAGGCUUCGAGAAACCGGCAGGCCUCUGGUGCUCGGGGUGUCCCGGCCGAAGCUGGCCCAAGUACAGCUUCGAUACAGGCGCUGGCACCAGGACCUCACGGGCCAUUGACCCCUUUCGGAGGGGGUGCGAAUGCGAGCCGCAACCCGAGUCGAAGCAAUGGCAACAACGGCCCAGCUGGUCUCUGA